AUGCCCAUCAACUGCGACAUUUCAUCUGCCCUUUACCCCCUUCUCUUUCUAACCUCUGCAAUUUCUCUCGUCUUUGGCGCACUUUCCUGGACGCGUACAACAACCCUCUUCCUCCCGCUUCCCUCCUGGAUUCCUAUCCUCGCAACCCUCCUCCCACCGCUCACUAUCCUGGCAAUCGCAAGCAGCCACCUCCUCUCCCGAUCGGCAUCCUACACACGAUCCCGCUGGACUCAACCCCUCCAGCUCCUCAACCACGCCCACACAAUCCUCCUAUCAAUCAUCGCAACAGCCGCCCUCGCAUACCUCUACCCCGAAGACAUCCUCACCUGCCACCUCAACAACCAAUGGCAGUACUUCUUCCAACACAAAGACGCACGUGCGAUCCGCGCAAUCCAAGACCGCUACCAAUGCUGCGGUUUGAGGAGUAUCCAUGAUCGGGCGUGGCCGUUCAAAGACCGCGAUCAUGGGGAUGAUGCCUGUGAGCAGCAGUUGGGAUAUCGGCGGAGCUGCUUCGAACCGUGGCGCGGCGUGCAGACGCGGACCUCGUGGAUGGUUGUUGCGGCCGUGGUUUGUGUUCUAGUGGUAAAGAUUGCAGUGUGGCAAAUCCCCCGUAGGAGGGCGAGUUGGAUGAAUACGCGUGUGUUGGAAAAUGGGGGAGAGCCACGGCGGAUUCCAGGGCCCGAAUUGGAAGAGGGUGAACAAGGCUCCGAGGUAGAUGGGGAAGCCAGAAGGGCAUUGUUACCUCGAUCUAGGCCUGGGAAUGAGAAUGUAUGAGAUGUCGAGUGAGGAGUUUAUUUUGCCUUAUCCUUGAUGGUAGUUGAUGGUUGAAAACGAUCUUAUUUCAAGUUCUGAGCGCUUUACUUAUUGGGUUGAAACAAAAGAUUUCUCAAUAUGUACUUAAUCCCUUCCUAGUCAAACACUCU